AUGUUCGCCCAUUGCGAAGGCCCGCUCUGGGGUGCUGACGACUUCUCCAUCUGCUUUGAGCAAGAUUGGCUGCAGACGUUGUUACCUUUGAUUAUCUGUGGCGCAUCGGCUCUGUACCUGGCUUGGCAGCUUGUCUGGGCUUGGAAAGAGUCCAGAUACUACGUUGCGUACCACACCUUGGGAUCUCCUUGGUCUACACGUACUUCUCAGCAUGGCGUCGGUGUUAACCAGUACGACGAAGACAGUGAUUCCGACGAUGAGCUCGAGCGCAACGACAACCUCGCCCUGGUCCCCACCCGCACCAACGAAUCUUUUGUCAACGUGGACAAGCCGCGUGGGGAGGUCCUGCUGGUCGUGAUUGAGGAGUUGGCGGUUCUCGGAGAAUUGGCCAUUCACAUUGCGGCUUGGGUCGAGGGCGAUGGAUCUCCGCUGUGGGCUAUCGCGGGCAUUGCGGUCUGGGCAUACAUCUCAGUACUGGCAUCGAUGAGGCUGCUCUUGUCAAACACGAACAAGCUCACAUUCCCAAAGCUUUGGUACCACACAGCCUUCAUCUACACGGCCUUCUGGAUUCUUUCCAUCCUCAUCUUCCGCUCCGCCAUCAUCCAUCCCAAGUCUAGCCUCGCGCAGAAGUUGACCAUCGCCGACUUUGCUCUCAACACACUUCUGGCCGUUGUUGCUCUAACUUCGCGCAAGGGCAAUCGCCCGGUGGAAUUGGAGUAUGAGGGCGAGCUUCAACCUUCAAAGGAGCAGACCGCCAGUGUUCUGUCUCUCGCCACUUUCGGUUGGGUAGAUGCAAUUGUCUGGCAGGGAUACAAAAAGACAUAUGAGCUGGCAGACGUGUGGAAUCUUACCCCGAAAGAUAAAGCUGCUACGAUUCUGGCCGAUUACAGGCAAUUUAAAAAGACUCAAGCUCUUGCUUGGCAUCUGCUGCGCUACUUCCGCCGUGGCCUUUUGAUCCAAGCCCUUUGGGCUGGGUGCUCUGGCUUUUUCCUGUUUGUGCCCACGAUCUUGCUCAAGCUCAUCUUGGAGUACGUUGAGAAUCCGGCCGAUACCCCUCGCAAUGCGGCGUGGUUUUACGUCAUCCUGCUCUUCCUGUCCGGUGUUACCACCGCGCUCGCCGACGGCCAGGCGCUUUGGAUCGGCCGGAAGAUCUGCAUCAGGCUUCGGGCGAUCAUCAUCGGAGAAAUCUAUGCCAAGGCCCUCAAGCGCAGAGCCGCCUCCGGUACGGACAAAGUUCUAGGCGAGAAGAAGAAGCCUGAAUGGACUAUGUCGAGGCGCGAGAAGUUCAAGAGGGUUAUGUCUUUCGGUCGCAAGAAGAAGGUCAACGAUGUCAGCAAGCCGACGAACUCGUCCAAGGACGCUGGCGAGUCUCAAGUCAGCUCUGGAGCUAUUAUUAACCUCAUGGCGGUUGACUCCUUCAAGGUUGCUGAGAUCAGCGCCUAUCUCCACUUCCUUUGGGCUAACACCCCAGUUCAAGUCGUGGUUUCCGUCUUGCUGUUGUACCGCAUCUUGGGACUGAGCUCCAUUGCUGGUAUUGGCAUGAUGAUUCUCCUGCUGCCAGUCAACAUGCUCAUUUCUAAGCGUUUCGCUGCUAUUCAGAAGCAGAUUCUUGCAGCUACUGACGCGCGUAUUCAUACCACGAACGAGAUUCUCACGAAUAUCCGUAUCAUCAAGUACUUCGCGUGGGAGCAGCGCUUCAUUUCCCAGGUCAACGAGAAGCGUUCGGCCGAGCUGCUUUACUUGCGCCGCCGCUACCAAUGGUGGGCGGCAGCCGCCACGGUCUGGUCGGGUGCUCCCGUCAUUAUUACUUUCCUUUCAUUCUUCGUCUACACCAUUAUUGAGAAGAGGGAUCUCGUUCCGUCUGUUGCUUUCACUGCUCUGUCUCUCUUCCAACUGCUCCGCAUUCCGCUCGAUCAGCUUGCAGAUAUGGUCGCCCAUGUUCAGGAAUCCAAGGUCUCGGUUGAUCGUAUCGAGGAGUAUCUGAAUGAGCCUGAGACGGACAAGUACAGGCAGCUAAAGCACGAGGACUUUGAUGAGAAUGACGAGCCAAUUAUUGGUUUUGACCACGGCACUUUCAGCUGGGGAACUGGAGAGGGUGAAGAUGGCGAGAUUGACGAUGCUUUCAAGAUGCUGGACCUCGAUCUUCGUUUCCACGUUGGACAGCUCAACGUCAUCGUCGGACCUACCGGAUGCGGCAAAUCGUCUCUGCUUAUGGCUUUGCUUGGCGAGAUGACGCUCAUUGAAGGACGUACUCAUCUUCCUGGCGGCCGCUGCCGCGAGGACCUCACGCCGGACCCUGAGACUGGACUUACCGAGAGUGUUGCCUACUGCGCUCAGCAGGCUUGGUUGAUGAACGGUACCAUCAAGGAUAACAUUACUUUCAACAGCCCGUUCGACCCUAGACGCUACAAGGAUGUGCUCGUGGCCUGCUCCCUCCAGCGAGACCUUGAGAUUCUCGACGCCGGUGAUCAGACGCUGGUCGGUGAGAAGGGUGUCACGCUUUCCGGUGGCCAGAAGCAACGUAUCUCGCUCGCUCGUGCCCUGUACAGCAAGGCCCGUCACGUCCUUCUGGAUGAUGUUCUCAGCGCUGUUGACUCGCACACUGCCAAGUGGAUCUUCGACCAGGCUCUGUUGGGUCCCUUGAUGUACAACAGGACUUGUAUCCUUGUCACCCACAAUGUUGCUCUUUGCUUGCCCCACUCUGAAUUUGGAGUUGUGCUCGAGAACGGAAAGGUUGUGGCGCAAGGAACGCCGAACGAGGUCAUUGACUCCGGCAAACUGAGCGAGGAUCUGUCCAAGUCUCGUCCUGUCUCUCGCGGACCAUCCAGGGUUGCUUCCAGAGUCCCUUCGGACGUUGGUGGCGAAGAAGCCAUGGGUGAGAACGGUCACGCCGUUGGAAAUGGUACCGCGAAUGGCACCGCUAAUGGUGCUGCUCUGAAGCCGGCCGAGGAUGCCAAGCCCCCAGAGGAGACGAAGGCUUCGGGAAGUGUCAAUAUGGACAUUAUCUACAUGUAUCUUCGCUCCAUGGGUCGUUGGUGGUACUGGCUCAUCGCUUUCGGCGUCUUUGCCGCCCAGCAAAUAUCUUCGGUUGCCACUAACAUCUGGAUUCGGCAGUGGGCCAACGCCUACAGUGAUCGUCAAGUCAGUGUUCUCGGCGUCAAGCAAAAUGCGGCCCCGAUCACGCACACCAACAUUGUCAGCGGCUUGGGCUCUUGUCUCACCAGCGGAAGUUGCCUUUGGCCUAUGCCAUGGUUCUCGUCCUCUGAGAGUGCGCCGGCCCUGCAACAACAGGAUGGCUUCCAGACCUCCAUGAUGUCCGCUUCGAGCCACACUGAAGUCAACUCGGGCUACUACCUUGGGGUUUACGCAGCGCUCGGUGUUGCCUUCAUGAUCAUUACGCUGCUCAGGGAGGGCGUUCUCUUUGCUGGCUCGCUCGCUGCCUCGCGCAGAAUCCAUCAGCGUCUCGUGGAGAAGGUUAUGCAUGCCAAGUUCCGCUUCUUCGAUUCGACCCCGUUGGGCCAGUUGAUGAACAGGUUCUCCAAGGACAUUGAGUCUGUCGACCAGGAAAUUGCUCCUGUUGCCAUUGGUGUCGUGCACUGCUUGGCUUCGAUUAUUACGGUCGUCGUCUUGAUCUCUGUAAUCAUCCCCGCUUUCCUGAUCGCUGGAGCUUUCAUCAGCGUGCUCUUCUUCCUCAUUGGCAUGUUCUAUAUCAACUCCUCCCGUGACUUGAAGCGUCUGGAAUCGGUCCAGCGCAGCCCGCUCUACCAGCAGUUUGGCGAGACAUUGUCUGGCAUGACGACCAUCCGUGCUUAUGGAGACGAGCGUCGCUUUGUCCGCGAGAACCUGACUCGGGUAAACACUCACAACCGACCUUUUAUCUACUUGUGGGCUGCCAACCGCUGGCUCGCCUUCCGCGUUGACAUCGUCGGCUCUCUGGUUUCUUUCUUCUCUGGUGCUUUCGUCGUCCUCAGCAUCGGCAAGCUUGACGCUGGUGCCGCUGGUCUCGCCAUGACGUACGCUGUCACCUUUACUGAUAACGUGUUGUGGUUCGUGCGCUUGUACGCGGCCAACGAGCAGAACAUGAACAGCGUGGAGCGCAUCAAGGAAUAUCUUGACGUCGAGCAAGAGGCUCCGCCCGUUAUCGAGGAGACCAGGCCCCCAUCCAACUGGCCCAGCCAGGGCUCUGUCGAGUUCAUCGGCUACAGCACGAGGUACCGCAAGGACUUUGACUUUGUUCUCAAGCAAAUCACUUUCAAGAUCCUGCCGGGCGAGAAGGUGGGCGUUGUCGGCCGCACUGGAGCUGGCAAAAGUUCGCUGGCUUUGGCAUUGUUCCGCGCUCUGGAGGCAGAGGAGGGCAAGAUUCUGAUCGACGAUGUCGACAUCGGACUGAUUGGCCUGCAGGACUUGCGGGAGAACAUUGUCAUGGUACCGCAAGACCCCACGCUGUUCAGCGGCACGAUCCGUAGCAACCUCGACCCGUUCAACCUCUUCACCGACGAGGAGAUCUUCCACGCUCUUCGGCGCGUACAGCUCAUCGGACCUGCGAGCGCAACCGGCUCGGCCGCCGUCACUCGCGCGCCCUCUCCGGACGGGGCGCCGCGGUCGAAGAAGCCGCUCGCGAACGGUGCCUCAUCGGGCGCAGCGACGCCAUCGUCCACGGCCGAGAUCCUCGAGAACAAAAACAUCUUCCGCAACCUGCGCAGCCCGGUCAGCGAGUCAGGCAGCAACCUUUCACAGGGCCAGCGGCAGCUGCUGUGCCUCGCGCGUGCGCUGCUGAAGAACCCGAAGGUGCUGCUGAUGGAUGAGGCGACGGCCUCGAUUGACUACGCGACAGACGCCAAGAUCCAGGAGACGAUCCGCGAGAUCCGCAACAGUACGAUUACGAUUGCGCAUCGCUUGCAGACGAUUAUCGACUACGAUAAGGUGCUUGUGCUGGAUAAGGGCGCGGUGGUCGAGUUUGGCAACCCCCUUGAGCUGGUGCAGAAGGCGGAGGGCGUGUUUAGGGGCAUGUGUGAGAUGAGUGGGGAUUUUGAGACGCUGGAGCGCGAAGCGAAGAAGGCGUGGGAGGCGAGGCAGCUGGUUGACGUGGGGGAGGGGAGGGAGUAG